AAUACCAGAGUUGUUUUCCCCCCUUCUCUACAGUAGUUGGGCGUGUGCGCGUUACAGUCUCUACAGAUAACGAAUGAGCUUGGCAACUAUGUUUACUACAGCCUUCAGGACUGCAUUACCCACAAUGCACUGGUCACUGUUGUCAGAAGUCUUGCUUUCUUUGGUCACUUUAUCGAACUCUGGCCGUGUCAGUCAGCUUACUUUCUCUUAUUUGACGGAAUAAUGCAUUUGUCAGGCGCGGGCAUUGGGAAAUUAGGGUACCGGCAGGGGUCCGGAGCAGGACCGGCGCCUGGAAGCUGCAAUCCGCGUAAAUUUAGCGAGAAAAUCGCCCUGCACAACCAGCGACAGGCUGAAGACACAGCCGCUUUCCGAGAGGUUAUGAUGGACAUGACUUCCAUCAGGGUUCAGGCUGAGAGAAUUCGGCACACCGGAGACUUGGUCCCAUACUAUGGAGGAUCGCUGCCAAAUGUCAAUCAGAUUUCAAGAUGCUCCACAGAGACCCAGUACCCAAGUUAUCUCACCCAGCAGCUCCUAGAGGCAGAUGAAGAGUACAGAGACACACAGCCCAUUCCUCUUGGCAGACUGCACAGGAGACAUUUUGAAAGCGCUCCCUAUCUCUCCACCCACCUCUCACCUCCGCGAGGUCCUUCCUGGAGAAGCUGGAAGGUUAAGAUUCCCACAUCACCCUGUUCUGCACACUUAAUUUCUCAUUCUGUUCAUCCUCACAGAACCAACUCUGACUCAGCCCUCCACACCAGUGUGCGAAACACCCAGAAAUCUGUGCAGACCCUGAACCCUCAAUCCAGACACCAUGGGUUUGCACAUCCUGCACCACUGAUUGAAGAAAAUAUUCAAGAGGAGACACAAUCUCCCCAACUAAAGAAGUUAUCCUCAAUGGGAUCAUCAGGAUAUGAAACACCUUUUUUUCACAGCUUCCCAUUGACCGGUCAGCAGAUAUCGUCCGUCCCUGUCCCGGCGACCCUCAGUACCAGCGGCUCUCUUCCAGACCUCUCCAGCCUCCACCUGCCCCCUCCUCUUCCUGUAGGCCAGGAUUCUGAGCUCCGCAGCGGUGCGGAGCAAUUGAGCAACACUUCCACGCACCCUGACCUUAUGGCUGACUUUACCUUAGCAAGUCUGUCCUCGUCUCUUCAGGCAUCUUUAAGUAAUCCUUUGCUCCAGUCUUCACUCAGCAAUCCCAACAUCCAGAGCUGUCUGAGCAGCCACUCCCUGCCCAGCUCUCUCAGAUCCACCUCUUUGCGUCUGUCACUGAGCAACUCUUCCCUGCAGUCAUCGCUCAGCAACCAGUCCCUGCAGUCCUCCCUCAGUAGCUCUUCACUGAGUAACCAGUCCGUCCACUCAUCUGCCAGCCGCUGCAGCCACAGCAGUGGAAUCGGCAGCUCUCGCUCCUGCUCCUCUUCUUCUCUCUCUGGUUCUCCACAUCUAACAGGCCACACCCAUGCUGCCACAUCACGCAAGAGAGCCCAGCUCAGCCCACUCAUUGUGCCCAGUGGAGGAGAGACCCGCUGGCAGCAUCCAAAGCAGUUCUCACCCACACUGUCUCCAACCAGGUCUUCUGGUGCUCUCCUAAACCACAACAAAGUUCUGAAAGAGACGAAGCCACCAGCGUAUCCCUGCACUCAGCACUUCAGAUCCGCUCCUUCACUGUCCCAUCAGCCAAUGCGCCAGUAUUUCCAGCCAGAGGCACAGCAUCAGUCAAUCCCAGAGAUGGAACAAUGGAGUCAAGAUGAACACCAGUCACAACAUCAACAAACACACAGUCAGACACGACACCACCACACUCACAAACACAGUCGGCCCCUGCAGCAUCAUUCACAACCACACACUAACUAUCAUCAGCAGUUACUGCAUCAUUCCCAGACUGGCCAACCACACAUCUCACUGCAACAACAGCAUCAACAGUACACACAGUUCCAGCCUCAUCAGAUACUUGAGGAGCAGUACCAGUGUCCGGGCCAGUGGCAGAUGCCAUGCCAAGAGGUCCAGUACCAAAAGCAACAGCAACAUCAACCUGUAACUUUCCCCUCUCCAGGUCACGAUAAAAACUGGAAUCAUGUAACAGGCCCACAUGGCUUGCAACAUGCACAAAUGAAGCGUAGACACUGUAUGCAGAUGUCAGAAGAGCCAAAACUCCUAUCCAAGGUCGCUGUCCAGGAGACCCAUGGAAAGGGAUCGAAGGUCCCUUAUUAUAAGGAAAGUGAAGUAACUGAAGCAAAUCCAGGUUUACAGGAUAGAGGUUUUGAACUGAACAAGGAAUCAUAUGUUGGCUUACAUCUUACCCCUAGUCAGGCAAAGGCCCUUUCCCAGCAGCUUGGAGUGCUUCAAAAGGAGACUCUAGAUGGCAGUGUAGUGUCAGAUCUCAACUGUGAACCUGCAGAAAGAAAGGAACUGCUAGCACAGAAUCAAAGCUACAGUGCUGGAGAGACACAAAAUAUGUUCAACAUCAACUUACCUGACCCGUCAUCCUGGCUUGACCAGGACAUAUCAAGUCUGCCGGACUCUGUUUUGGAGUUCGAUCUAGAAACGUUCGGUCUGGACAGUAACUUAGGUUGGCCAUGAAUGUAUCAUAAAAGUGAACCUAAAUGUACAUGUGUGUUGUAAUGAUACAUUCAUUUAGACAAGUACACUGUUAAGAGAAUAUUUUUUGCCAAUGGAAUUGAAAUAUAGUUUUAGAGUCAAAUAGAGGGUAAACUGUAAAUUGGCUAAAACGUUCUUUAAGGUAACAAACAGGAAAUUAUGUUUUAAUAAAUAGUUUUGCACGCAGAGGUAGGUCAAAAUAGCAGGUCUAUGUGCCUUAAUAUGCAUUUUUGGUUAGAUUUUAUUAUAAAUAGAAGAAAUUGAUUUUUUCUGUACAGUUACAUGAGGUGAAGUCAUGUACGAGUUCUUUAGGGAAUGUAUAUUUUCACAUUUCAUAGCAUAGGAUAACUGGGAUAAUAUGGAAAUGUGGGAAAAUAUGGCUGGUUUAGGGUCUAAAUUAACUUCUUUAAUUCAUCAAAAUGAAAAAAACGUUUUACUCUUUAAUAUUUAGAUAAAAAACAAUUAUUAUAUAAUUAGUUAUGUAUAGAUUUCAUAUCCAAUUUGUUUGCAUGUUAUAGUAUUUGUUAUAGUGUGAUGGGGGUCAUUUUUGUGACAACUUGUAACUGACCGUGGCAGACACCUGCCAGAAUUUCUAUAUCAUCAUUUUGUUGCAGUUUCAUCUUUCAUCAUUCAUUCAAAAUGCAGUUUUAUUGUAUUUUCAUAUUAAUUUUGCUCUAUCACUCUCUGGUAGAGGUCAUGUUGUUUUUCAGUAUUUGUCUUCAAUGUGAAAUCAUACAUUUCUGGCAGAAUUAAUAACAUAAUAUGAACAGAAAAACCAUCUGUAAAUUCCGGAAGUAUUACAAUUAAAAAGUGGACUAAUAUCUCUAA